GAUAGGGUUUUCGCCCCAAAAGCCGCUGUCCAACGGCCUUGCGGAAAAUAGCCAUUAGGACUCGAAGUCCUCUGUACUUGAAAACCAGAAUCAGAUUCCCUGCACCUCCAUGCACAAGAAGCCCUGGUAAAGCACAAAGCUACUGGGAUCUGCUCUCGAUGAUUGGUUCGCUCCCUCUCAUGCUGGCACAGUCGACUGGGGUCGUUGGUCCGAGCCAACCGCCAGCUAGCCGUUCAGAAUCGGUCUGGAAAACCGGCCUUUUCACGACAUCAGGCAUCAAUCAUCACCCCGAAAACCUGCCGGCCAAAACAGAGCGUGGCGUUUCAGGAUUUUGGCGUCAUUCUGAGACUGCCUCAUUUCUGUCUCCGAAUGAAAAGUACGCGGGCCGCCCCGUGUCAACCUUUACAGGUUUAGCUGGUGUUUUUCUCCUCUCAACCGUCCUCCAACUCACUCCCAGCCCCUUCAUUUAUCCCCCACGCUCUGGGACUUAUCUCUGGAGAGAUCAGCAAUACCUCGGAAAAUCCUCGUCACGGGGUCCUGAUUGGAGGGAUCGUAAGUACUCUGUACCACCACAUCACAGAAUGAUCGGGCAACGGUGUGCCUUCUUUCUUACGCUUGCCAUUGUAAAAAAAAAAAAAAAAAAAAAAAAAAAAAAAAAACCUAGGAGGGAGCAAGGUGCAGAGUUAUGCAGUGGUAUGACGUAUCAGCCUCGAUGACCCCGCCCACUGUGGUGAAUGGGAUCUUCAAGCGCAUCCCCGGUAGGCGUCUUGCGGAGCCGCACUCAAUACUCUUGCAAGGUGCGGCGACAGUUUCCGGGUGCCAUAUGCCUGCUGAGUGCAUUGCGUCUCCUUCUUAUUGGAUUGACAUCAUCCCUGGGAUUCUGGCGCCUGCGCAUGAGUUGUCACACAAGCCAUGCUACC